GUGCUAUCAUGGCAGCAAGCACAGGGGCUUCAGGAUGGCUAAGGGGCAAGGUGAAGGCUGUGACAUCUGGAGACUGCCUUCUCAUCAUGGGGAGCACAAAGGCAGAGAUUCCACCAGAGAAGUCCAUCACUCUGUCAUACCUUAUGGCCCCAAGGCUGGCUCGUCGUGGUGGAGUGGAUGAGCCAUUUGCUUGGGAAAGCAGGGAGUAUCUGAGGAAACUCUGCGUAGGAAAGGAGGUCACAUUUAGAGUGGAUUACACUGCUCCUAACAUCGGACGAGUAUUUGGCACUGUCUACCUUGGCGACAAGAACGUUGCCUACUUGGUGGUUGCUGCAGGAUGGGAAAGGGUGAUUACCAUUUACUUUUUCCUCAAUUGUUUUGUUGUGCCAAAUGUCCAAAAGGGGGGUGAACCACUCCCAAAUGUCUCUGAGCUUCUGAGGUUCUAGGAAGUUGCAGGCCGU